GAUAAGGUGGGACUGUGAACAUAUGCGAGACGAUAGGUCCGUACCGGGUCAUUUAUAGCAGCUGACAAUGCGGCUUGUCAGCGUGUUGUUCCUUCCCCUGGCCCUGGCGGCCUACAACGUGGAGAUCACGACCCACUGGGCAGGAGGCUUCCAGGGCAAGUUUUGUGUGGGCAUCACAGCGGAACUCACGACAUGGAAGGCGCACAUGGUCUUUGACCGAAAAGUAAAUGAUCUGCAGGCAUGGAGAGGCGAUGUGUCGGCUAAACCAGGAGGCAAGGAGUUCAUCAUCCAGAACAAGCCCUGGAACGGCGAAGAACAUCCAGGAGACAACCUCUGCAUGACCUUCCAAGGCACCACUGAAGGUGACGUCAUACCCCGUGCAACAGUGUUCAUCGAAGGCAUGACUGAUAAGGGCAAUGCAACAAUACCUCCCCACACAGACCCCGGGACUACGGGAGCUUCACCCACAGGCACACUGCCGUCAUAUGUUUUGUCUGGUCCUGCCCGCUACAACUACACCGAGGUGCUUGAUAUGUCCAUCCUGUUCUACGACGCCCAGAGAUCAGGUCCCCUCCCCAGCAACAACCCGAUACCAUGGCGAGGUGACUCCGCCCUGAACGACACGGGCGACGACGGAGAAGAUCUCACCGGCGGGUGGUAUGACGCUGGUGAUCACGUCAAGUUCAACUUCCCCAUGGCGUCUUCGUCGACGUUGUUGCUGUGGGGUCUCAACAGGUGGAAGGACGCCUACGAGCACGCCGGCCAGCUGGAUGCCAUGUACGACAUGAUCAAGUGGCCAUUGGACUACUUCCUGAAGUGCUGGCGACCUGACAAAGAAUGGUAUUAUGUUCAGGUUGGUGACGGGAAGGCUGACCACUCGUAUUGGGGCCGUUGUGAAGACAUGAAAAUGGCACGUCCAGCUCUCAAGGUCACGGCUGCUGAUGGCGGAAGUGACGUAGCCGGGGAAACAGCCGCAUCGCUGGCGGCCGGAUCCAUUGCCUUCGAAACCAAAGAUCCGGCCUACUCGGCUACACUUCUCAAGGCAGCCAAGAGCCUGUUUGCUUUUGGCAAAAAAUAUCCUUCGAUCUACUCCCAGAGUUUGCCGGAAGUCACAUACUACUACGCCUCUGGUCACUUCGAGGACGAGAUGUGUGUGGCUGCAUGCUGGCUCUACAAGGCGACCAAUGACAGUCAGUACCUGGACGACGCCAAGAAUUACGUCACAUCAGCCUGGGCCUGGGCUCUCUCGUGGGACAGUAAACUUGUGGCUUGUCAGCUGUUGUUGUUCGAAAUUACUGGAGAUUCCAAGUAUUCAACAAUGGUAGACGGGUAUAUGAUUGGGUGGACUCCAUCCCGGGGUAUGCAGUAUUCCACGUGUGGCCUGGCCUACAGAGACAAGUGGGGAGCCCUCAGAUACGCUGCCAACACGGCCAUGAUUGCCCUCAUGGCGGCUGAGGAUGGCCUCCAGACGGAGAAGUAUAGGAAGUGGGCUAUAGACCAGAUCAACUAUAUCCUUGGCGACAACAAGUAUCACAUGAGCUACGUCAUCGGCUACGGAAACAAGUAUCCCGUCAGGCCUCACCAUAGAACCAGUUCCUGCCCUGAUAUCCCCAAACCCUGUGGGUGGGAAGCCUUUGACAACCCUGGUCCCAACCCCCACCUCCUGAAGGGUGCCCUAGUAGGCGGCCCUGACAACACCGACGUGUACGUUGACGACAGGAAGGACUACGUCAAGAACGAGGUUGCAUGUGACUACAACUCCGGCUUCCAGACAGCCUUAGCGGGUCUCAUUCAUCUCCAGAUGAGCAAGCAGCUACCUACAGCUGAUCCUUCGAAGUGCUGAAUAAAUAAUGCAGCUCUGUUAUUUGGGCAUCGUAAAGUAUUGUUUCAACUUCAA